AUGAGUUCUUAUAAUAAUGGUUUGAAUAGGUCAAAUAACUACGGUAUGCAAAGUUAUGAGAAUAAAGGGAAUGAUAUGAAUCGUGUUAAUAGUAAUAGUAAUAAUAAUAUGUAUUUUAAAGAAGACCGAUAUUAUAGUAAUAAUUCGUUAAUGUAUAAUAAUAAUAUGAAUAACUCUAAUUAUGAUAACAAUUAUUAUAAUGCAAAUUAUGGGAUGGUUAACCCAUACAUGAAUAAUAUGGUAUCUCCAAAUUAUUAUAAUAAUGAUAACCAAUAUAUAUUAAAUAAGAAAACAGCAAGGAUUUUAUAUAUCUAUAAUAUGACAAAUGAAUAUAAAGAUGAAAAUUUUAUAUAUAGUUUAUGUUAUAUUUAUGGAGAUAUUGAAAGUGUAAAUUUUAUGAAAGGAAAAAAUUUAUUUAUUGUAAAAUUUGUGUCUACUGACAGUGCUUUAAAUGCCUAUAAAAAUUUACCAACUUAUUUUAAUAAUGCUCAAUUUGAAUUAAGAAAUGAAUCGAAAAAAAUUAGUUAUUUUAACGACAUGGUUAAUAGUAAUAAAUAUGUGUCUCCAAAUAUAACAGAAAAGAAAUUUUUAUCUUUAAGUGCUGAUAAAAGACAGGAAAUUAUGAAUAUUAAACAAAAGGAGUUAUUAAGAAAAUGUAAUGAUAAAUUGAAUGAAUAUAUAAACAUGUACAAUGAUAAAAAUAUAAAUGAAGAAAAUAAAAAAAAAUUGCAAGCAUUAAUAAAACAUAUAAAAGCAAGAAUUGAAGUCUUAAAUAAUAAUCAAUGUGGAAAUGUAUAUAAUGGAAUAAAUGGUGGAGGUAUUGAUAAUAUAAAUAAUAUGAACAGUAUAAAUAAUAUGAACAGUAUAAAUAAUAUGAACAGUAUAAAUAAUAUGAACAGUAUAAAUAACAUGAACAAUGUAAAUAAUAUGAACAAUGUAAAUAAUAUGAACAAUGUAAAUAAUAUGAACAAUGUAAAUAAUAUGAACAAUAUAAAUUAUAAUAGUAACGAUGGGUCCACUUACAAUAAUUACAAUAACUUUACAAGAAAUAAUCAGAAUAGCACUACUAUAAAAAUUAACUCAUUAAACAAUAUUAGGGAUAAUGAAGAAUUGAGCAAAUAUAUUAUAAACAACAAUUCCAUUUUUUUAAAUGAGAAUAUAUCAUAUUUUUCUUUAUUUUCAUUUGGUGAAAAAUAUGCUAUUAUAAAAUAUAAUAAUGAGAAUAUUGCAAAAAUUGUUUUUGAGAAUUGUAAUAUGUGUAAUAUUAAUGUAGACUUUGUUCAGGAUGAUAAUGAAAACUAUCAGUAUAACGAAAACGAAGGAAUGAACUAG